CCUACUCCCUGCUGCCUUAUCUGACAACAAUCUAUCCCGUAAAUCUCAGACGACCCUCUCUCGGGUCCUGUCACCAACACCAGUUUGGUUUUGGGCCGGGAAAAAGUGUUCUUGAAUCUUGCCUUCGGACUUGGGAGAAGAGCAGAGAAGAGAAGAAAGAAGCGUUCUCUCCGCUCUCCGAUCUGAGCGACCCAGCUGGGGCUGCCUUGUCGACUUAAAACCAUCCUUUUCAACGCGUGUGGAUGUCCAGAGGAUGGCCGAGGAACAGAACCCACCACCAGCACCACCCCAAGAAGAGCAGCAGCAGCAGCAGCAGCGGCAGCGGCGGAGCCUACUCCCACCACUCUCCAAAAUCCCUCGCCUUUCAUCAGAUGCCUCGGGGGCGGUGACGAUGGCGGCUCCAUCGCCACUGGGGUUGGGGCUGAGACUGGGGCUGGGAGGUGGUUACAGCAGGCCGGCUUUCACAUUUAUGCAGCUGCAAGAGCUGGAGCACCAGGCGCUCAUCUACAAAUACAUGGUCGCGGGCGUCCCCGUCCCGCUCCACCUCGUCCUCCCCAUCUGGAAGAGCGUCGCUGCCUCCUCCUACGGCCCGCACCACUGCCCCUCGUUCAUGGGGUACGGGAGCUUGUGCUUAGACUACAGGAAUAGCAUGGAGCCGGAGCCCGGGCGGUGCCGAAGAACCGACGGCAAGAAGUGGCGGUGCUCCCGGGAUGUCGUCCCCGACCAGAAAUACUGCGAGCGCCACAUGCACCGCGGCCGCAACCGUUCAAGAAAGCCUGUGGAAGCAGGAGCUGGAGCAGCCGCCGCCGCCUCGACGGCCACUGCCACUCCGGCCGCCACCACAUUGCAAGUCGAAGCCAACAACAAUGGUAGCAACACCACCACCACCACCACCACCUAUCUCUCCAUUGCCAUCCCAUCUGGCGGUGGGCUCCAUUUGAUGCCCACCACCAACUCCAGCAGCAGCAGCAGCGGCGGCAGCAACAACGUGUCGCCUCCCAGGCUUGGCUUCUCACCCACCAGCGUCCUCCAGGGCGGCACCGCUUGCAAAGCCGGACCUUCUUGAGAGUUGGGACCCCUCUCUCUCUCUCUCUCUCUCGUUUGUCUUUUCUUCUUUUUUUUAUCCUGAUGUGAGUGUUGGAGGAGGACACCGAGGUUUGCUGUUGUGUCUUUUGGGAGAGAGAACCCCAGGGGCUGCGACCCUACCGGCCUCCCAUCCCAUGAGCCUCCUCUUCUGUUCUCUGUCUUAGUAUGGCCAAAGACUGGUGUGACUGUUUUGAAGCUUCUGGUCUCUUAUCCUGUCUCAAGUCAUUGAGCUCAAUUAGCUACCAGGUAAAGGUAGUGCAGCUUUUUCACCUUAGAAUGAAAAGUAUAUGAUACGAAUGUGGUGAAUGGUAAAGAGACCAAAUAGUGGGAGUUAUUAUUCUUGGG